CACCCACACACACACACACACACACACACACAAAGUGGGUGUGUGUACAGUGAGCAUCAGUGCAAGCGCUCAGCAGGCUGUUGUUGGACGCACGUACGCACCGCCAGCCACUGCGCUCCAUCAGACAGGCGCCCAUGAUGAGAGGCUGCUCCAGCAGAAGCAAGCUCACACAGAACCAGGACAGAGCGGAAGGAGAGGGUAGCAGCAGCAGCAGCAGCAGCAGCAGCAAAGAUGAGCUACAGACUGAGCCAGCAGCAGCGGCUGAGUCAGAAGAAUCAGCCGUGGAAAUUGUAUGUAUGACCAACUGCCCCACCCUAAUUGUGACAGUGGGCCUUCCUGCCAGGGGGAAGACCUAUAUCUCCAAGAAGCUGACCCGCUAUCUUAACUGGAUUGGAGUGCCCACCAGAGAGUUCAAUGUUGGGCAGUACAGGAGAGAUUUCGUGAAGAUCUACAAGUCCUUUGAGUUCUUCCGUCCAGACAACGAGGAGGGGUUAAAGAUCAGACGGCACUGUGCUUCGGCAGCGUUGAACGAUGUGCGGCAGUAUCUCACUGAAGAAGGAGGCCAAGUUGCAGUUUUUGAUGCAACAAACACCACCAGAGAAAGGAGGGAAACCAUCAUCCAGUUUGCAGAGCAGAAUGGCUUUAAGGUGUUCUUCGUGGAGUCUGUGUGUGAAGAUCCAGAUGUCAUACAGGAGAACAUAGUGCAAGUGAAGCUGAGUAGCCCUGACUACACCAACUGUAACACAGAAGAAGCAGUGGAGGAUUUCAUGAAGAGGAUCAAGUGUUAUGAAAACUCCUACGAGACGCUGGAUGAAGUCUUGGACAGGGAUCUCUCUUACAUUAAAAUCAUGGACGUUGGUCAGCGGUACUUGGUCAACAGGGUGUUGGACCACAUCCAGAGCCGGAUCGUCUACUACCUCAUGAACAUUCACAUCACGCCGCGCUCCAUCUACCUGUGCCGCCAUGGUGAGAGCGAGCUCAAUGUCAAUGGUCGAAUCGGAGGAGACUCAGGCCUCACACCUAGAGGCAAAGAGUUUGCGAAGAAGCUGAGCCAGUUCAUCCAGACACAGGGCAUCAGCGACCUGAAGGUGUGGACCAGUCAGAUGAAGAGAACCAUCCAGACAGCUGAGGCUCUCAAUGUGCCCUAUGAACAGUGGAAGGUCCUGAACGAGAUUGAUGCAGGCGUGUGUGAGGAGAUGAUGUAUGAGGAGAUUCAGGAGCACUAUCCUCUGGAGUUUGCUCUGAGGGACCAGGACAAAUACCGCUAUCGUUACCCGAAAGGAGAGUCCUAUGAGGACCUGGUGCAGCGGUUGGAGCCCGUCAUCAUGGAGCUGGAGCGGCAAGAGAACGUGCUGGUCAUCUGUCACCAGGCCGUCUUGCGCUGCCUGUUGGCCUAUUUCCUGGACAAGACAGCAGAAGAGCUGCCGUACCUGAAGUGCCCGCUGCACACUGUGCUGAAGCUAACGCCAGUGGCCUACGGCUGUAAGGUGGAGUCCAUCAGCUUAAAUGUGGAUGCAGUCAACACACACCGAGAAAGACCAGAGAAUGUGAACAUCCAUCGUACAAACGAAGACGCCCUGCAGACCGUCCCUCCUCACCUCUGAGUGACGGACUGCUGUAACCCAGCGGGGCUGCAGUUGGACCUCCCGCUCCCUUUUUGACGGACUCUUGUGGUUAUUUAAUGUUUCCAGUCUGCACAACCUGUUGUGACCGUCUGGGUGAUGUGCCUCCUCUGCCACACACACACACACACACACACACACACACACCUCUCUCUGUAACGCUUAUGUCUGUCUUUUUUUUUUAAGGGAUUUGAAGGACCUACUUUGAAGAAGUUCAACCUGAACACAUUAUGUGUUUGGACUCAGUAUAGCCGGUCCAGAUUAUUUAUUUAUCAAUCAUAGUGUUGUCUUGCACAGAGGGGAUUUAAACACCUGGCUCACAGCAGAUUCCUGUUCCUGUUUGUUACUGUACUCAGUAUGGUUACAGUGUGUUGAUAUUGUGCACCAGUAGAAUUAACACUCACGGUUUAAGUAUUAGCCAUGUGGUUUCAUCAAAAGAUCAUGUGACUUUCUGCUACAUGUUUGACAUGUUACUGUACUGUGCAAUCUUUGUUUUAUGUGAAAGCGUCUUCAGUGAUAAUGUGCAAUUUCAAGGUUACACACCUACUUGGAAAACAAAACUAGAACGCUUACUGUUUUGACUGUGUGAUGAUUCAAUGAAUGAAUGGACUGGGUCAUUAUUAUUAUUAUUACGUUUUCUAUGAUGAAAACACUUAAAUCAGGGCUUUCUUCAACUGAUGAUUCUCAGACCUUUAAUGAAAUGAAAACAUGCCCUUAAUACUUUUUUGCAAAGAAUACAUCCGAGCAAGGUUAUUGGAAAUGCAAUAUUAGCUCAAAGUUGCUGGUGUUGAUGGGUCAUAACUUCAAAAUGUACGUCCCAACUCCACUAUAAUAAAGAUGUUAUUUUUAUAAA